GGCAUAGGUGUGAAGGGCUGGUGCACGGAAACAACAAUAUGAUGCAGAGCUGUGAAACAAAGGGUCUCUUUUAGCGAUUUACUGAGACAUCUAAUUAUUACGUAUUUUGAGUUUUUGAGAUCAGAUGAAUUGUACACCUAGUGUAAUUCGUAUAGUGCUAUUUAUCUUGUGAAACAGACUGGAGCGAUAAAGAUAAACUCUUUCAGGGAUGUUUUUGUGUGUGACUCUCCUGACUGUCCUAUACAACUUUAUGGAAUCUCAAUCAGAGCCACUACAGGUGGUUGGUCCAGAAGCUCCUCUUGUUGCAGCAGUUGGUGAAGAUCUGGUUCUGCCCUGUUUCAUUAAACCCAACACCAGUGCUGUGGACAUGACAGUGGAGUGGUUGAGAGUAGAUGAAGCGGCUUCACUAGUGCAUCUCUAUAGGGAUCAUGCAGACAGAAAUGAAGAUCAGGAUCAGUCCUACAGAGGAAGAACAUCACUGUUUAAAGAGGAGCUACAGAAAGGCAACGCUUCACUCAAACUCUCAGCUCUCCAAGUCUCUGAUGCAGGAGAAUAUAAGUGUCUCAUUGAGGACAAAUCCUGGUAUGAUGACAUCACUGUUCAUGUUAUUGUUGAGGUUCUAGGAAGCCACCCAGUGAUCAGGAUGGAGAGUUAUGAUAACUCAGGAGGGAUUAAUCUAGUGUGUGAGUCCAGAGGCUGGAACCCUGAACCUGAGGUUCUGUGGCUGGACAGAGAAGGAGCCACUCUGCCUGCUGAAGAUACACAGAUACACAGAGACACUGAGGGCUUCAGUGUGAAAAGACGCAUCACUGUUUAUGAGUCCAACAGGUUUUACUGUAGACUUCAACAAAAACAUCACAUGAUGGAGGCAGAUAUUACCAUUAAUAGUGAAGUCUUUGGUGUUUGUAAGAGGCCUGUCUACAUUGCAGUUUCAGCAUGUCUUGUUGCUGGAUUGCUAGUAACAUGUGUUUUUGGACUGAUACUAACUGCUUUUGGUUACAAGAAAGAACUUCAAAUAUACAAGCAAAAUGCAGUUUACACAAAAUACUUGAAACAAUUUUAUCUGUUUUCACCUCAUGGCUUCAUGAGGAGAAGAACCUUGCAGCCUCAGAGAUGGAGAAGCAAAAAGCAGACCUUCUAAAGAAGAGGUUAUUUGCAGUGGAUGUGACUCUGGAUCCUGAUACAGCUCAUCCUGAACUCACUGUGUCUGAUGAUGGAAAACAAGUGACACAUGGAGACACAUGACAGGAUCUCCCUGAUACACCACAGAGAUUUAAUGAUCUCUGUGUUCUGGGAAAGCAGAGUUAGGAAAGGAGAUUUUAUUAUGCGGUGCAGGUCAGAGGGAAAUCUGCAUGGACAUUAGGAGUUGUGAGAGAGAACAUUAACAGGAAGGAGUGGAUUCCACGGAGUCCUCAGACUGGAUUCUGGACUGUGGGGGGUCUUAUGAGGAGGGUCUGGUCUCCUUUUAUGACGUGAAGUCCAGCUCUCAUAUCUACUCUUUCACUGAGAAACUUUAUCCAUACUUCAAUCCUUGCUAUAGUGAAAAUGGUAAUUCAGCACCACUGAUCAUCUCUGCUGUUACUGAAUAAAUAUCUGAUUUAUAUUUUUUAACAUUUUGAACUUUUGUAAAUAAUGGAUUUAUUCAUCUCUAGACAUUUAGGAAUUUUAUAAAGACGCAUGAAUGUUACUGGAUUAUUUAGAGCUUAUGUGCUGUUAAUAUGAUUCCUGUCAUUAAAGCUGCCAUCUGUGCUACUUUCUAGCUCUCACUUGAGUUGAAUUUAGAGUGUUAACUAACAUUUUCUCCACCACUAAAAAUCACCACUUAUUAUAGUUGAGAAUCUGACACCUUGCCAGGUGUAUAUCUGUUAAUGAGGUGAGUUUUCAGGUUAGGAUGCUAUUUAAUGCUGUUUUAUUCUGUUUAUUUUCUCCACAUGAUGUCAGUUCUUAGUGAAUGUUGUUAAUAUUUGGUAAAUGAUCGGUAAGGUUUGUUUUGUAAUUGGUUGUGUGGAUGUAUUUGGAUUAGACCUGCAUCUCUCCACAGACCUGCAGUUUUAAUCUCAGCUGAAGGUAUGGAGGAUUCACUAACAUGGCAGUAGUUAGUAACUGUGACUAAUGUGGCAUUUACAGAUUUGUUCUAUUUCUGGAUGUCUUGUUUGAAGAAAAUACAGGGUUUAUAAUAGU